AUAAAUUCACGUGCACCGCAUACGAUAGAAAGAAGUGCGCAUUUCACCAAUUUAAUUCGGUUUUUUUGAAAUUUAAAGUGACAAAUGUGAAUUUUUAAUUUGGAAAAAUGGCAUUUACACGAGAAGUCAUCACAUUUCAAAUUGGCAACUAUUCAAAUUAUGUGGGAACACAUUGGUGGAAUAUUCAAGAGUCGGCAUUUUGUUACGAUCCAAAUGGUGCACCGUCCGAAGUGAGCAAUGACAUAUUGUUUCGAGAAGGUGUCAAUCAACAGGGAUCUGUAACAUACACACCGCGUUUGCUUUUAAUCGAUAAUCGUGGUGCCUUAUCCCAUAUGCCCACCGAUGGUGGGCUGUACAGUGAUCAAGCUUAUUUAGUGAAAAAAUUUGAAUCUGACGCGCCAACAUUUACGGAAAGCGAUACAUUAUGGGAGCCAAAUCGUUUGGAAUUGUUAAAAGAGCAACCAAUCGAAAAGCCGGAAUAUCAGCAAGAUUUGGAUCAAGCGGCGCAAUCUGUCGAAGAGAAACACUAUGAUUUUCGGAACAAAACAUCAUCAUGGGCCGACUAUAUGUACACUCGAUAUCAUCCGCGGAGUAUAAACCUGUUACCCGCCCUGAAUAAAUCCAAUGAAAUUUCAUUUGACUGUUACACACGCGGCGCACAAGUAUGGACGGAAAAUUAUUUUGAUGAUAAUUUUGGCGAUAAUAUUCGUCAGUACAUUGAAGAAUGUAAUAACUGUCAAGGUUUUCAAAUGUUGUUCGAUGCGAACGAUGCAUUUUCUGGACUUGCAUUGAAAGUGCUGGAGCAUGUUCAAGAUGAAUAUGGCAAAACCAGUUUAACCAUACCAAUAUUUUCACCGAAGCAAAUUUUCAGCGGACCAGACGCAAACGAUGCUCUAUGUGAUUCGACUCGAGUUAUUAACUCAGCGCUAACAUAUGGAAAUCUCAUUGAUUUCAGUUCCAUGAUUCUACCUCUUUCGACCAUGAGCCGAUGCUGGCGCAAUUUAUCACGUCCCCGAGUAUUUCCACAUGUCAAAUAUGAUUCAUCCAAUUUGUACGAAACAUCGGCGAUUUUAGCCACUUACCUCGAUACAAUUAGCCUGCGGUAUCGCAUGAGUGAGGCGAUUGAUGGUUGCCAUUUGGCGAGUUUUUGUAAUGAUUUAACGAAUUAUGGACGAAAAUUAACAGCUGCCGGUUUGGCUAUGCCUUUUAAUAUGUCCGCCGAACAUGAUCUGAUCGAUUGUCUUGAUCAAUUUGAUGGGAAAUUAUUCACACAACUGUCGCCCAAUUCAGAGGUCGGUACAGAUCGUAUUGUACAGAGCGUUUGUGUACGAGGAAUUCCAGAAAAUCGAGUCAAAAAUACAAAAUCACAAAAAGAAGUUGAACGCCAACAAAAGAUGGCAGCAUACCGAUGCGAUAGCGUCGCUGAAAUGUUCCAAUUGUACUUUCAAUGCAGUAAUUAUAAUAGUUUGUCACAUGUUUCAGCACAGAAAAAUGCAAUGAGCACAAAGAAACCAUUCCCGAUGGAAAUGUUUGACAGUCGAUUGAAUUCGCAGGGAUUCCGAACUGAAUUUGAGAUGAGCGAAGAGGAAAGCGCAAACAACAAAGUUGGAUCGAUACCGGUUUUGGCCACCGCACAAACUUCCAAUGAUUUAGCAGACACUAUCGAAAGUUUACAUAGGGAAGCCAAACGUAUUAAAAUCGCAAGAAUUCAUCGGUUUAAAGAGUCUGGACUCGAGCAAGAUGAAUACGAAGAGACACUGGAGAAAAUUUCCGAAUUCAAAGACAAUUAUGAAGAUGCCUUUGAAUUGUAAAAUUACAUUAACAACUCAUAGCACGUACUUUUUUU